AUGGGAAAGAAAUCCAGACACCAAGGGGCCGUAAAACCGGUGGGGGCACGAGAUAUCGGAGCACUUCUCCUCCGACCUGCCAAGGCCGCAGACACUCCCGCGCAAAACCAAGAUGGCGACUCGGCCUCCUCCGGAGAACAGAUCCUCGAUGAACUAGACGACUUCCCCGGCACAGGGGGUCUACACAGCAUAUCUUCGGAUGAAGACCACGAAUUGCCCUCCACCAAGGGAGACAUAAAAGCCCUCCUAUGCAAUAUUCGCUCCCUCUUCGCGGUGGACAUAGCGGUCCUGAGGGAGGAGAUCCACACCGUAGAGGGGCGAGUCAAGAAGACAGAGGUGGACUCGCAGAGCCUCAGCGCACGGUGCAUACAACUAGAGGCUCAAAAUACAGAGCUGCAGCGCACUCAGACCUUAAUCACCACCCGCUUGGAUGCAAUGGAGGACCGGCAUAGAAGCCGUAACGUAAAGGUAAGAGGGGUCCCCGAAACCGUGACCCAUGAUGACCUACAGGGAUAUAUCGGACGACUCCUCUCCUCCCUACUCACGCCACAGCAGAUGAUCCCUAACAGACAGGAUCUACCGAAUCCCGAGGGCUGCCAGAGCCCCAGCGGACACCUCGAGAGAUAUCAUGCUCCAAUUUCAAACGCGGACAGGCCAAGCAACCCUCAUGGCGGCGGUGAGGGGGAAAGGAUUCCCACCUCUUUGAGCCAGCCAGCCUGUCAUUUUUUCAAGACCUAUCUAGGCCUACCUGCUGUGGAGGAGCCUCCUCAAACCCCUGACGGCCACUCUCCGCCAAACCUCCAUCCCAUAUCGCUGGGCAUUCCCCAGAAGCUUGAUCAUCACACAUAAGGGCACAACAACACGGGUCACAGACCCAUCAGAAAUAGACUCAGUUUUGGCAGCGCUGGGCCUACCACCACGACAGGAACAAGCUACAACCGACCAGAGGCCAAAGGCCCAUCACACCUGGGAUGUGGCAAACAUCAGUCCGUUUCAACCCUCUAACAUCAACGUCCCAUCCUCAACGGCUUCCAAGGAGCAACGGGUAAACUGGCACAGAGUGGACACUUGA